CGCGUCGAUAAACCGGAAGCCGUGAGUGGAUCAUCUUCCGGUUCCUUUGUAUAGGAGCAAAUGGGUUCCAGAAAACAAUGGACCACAUGACGACGAAAAAAAGUGAAACAUGGGCAAGCCAGAUGGAUUGGUCGGCGGUCUCCUCGCAGAGCUCCCUCCUCAACCCGGUGUCCGGGCAGAAUCCGGCGUCCGUGUCGCACAUCUCGCCCGCCUCGCUUUUCGCCAACGCUACCUUUGACCCGCCCCAGUUGAUGGAUGCCAGAGAAAAGCUCAGACCACUGCAGGCUGGGAAUCAAGCCCAAAUGGGACCCCUCUGUGCGUCACCGUCUUGCGUGCCACCCCCCUCAACGCAGCCCUCUUUUCAGUCGCCCUCAUCUCCGGGUUCUUUUCCAAGCAUCCAGGUGGUUGCCGCCUACAGCCUAACCUCGUUGGUUCCCCCUGCGGCACCUCAGUGGACAGACUCGGCGAACUGCCACGCCUUGAAUGACUCUGAACAUCCUGACAAAGAUGCUGCUGCUGUUCAAACACCGGGGAUGACAAAACGUUCUAUGAUUUUACAUCAGCGCUCUCUUUUACUCAAGCAGCUGUCGGAAUUGGACAAACUGCUGGAAUCAUUGCCUCCAGAGGACAACGUCCGUGUGAAGUCACCCCCCUCAGGCGCCCAGGCAAACAAAAACUCCAUUUUAUUGCCACUUAUCCACACACACGGCAUGUCGGCUGAACUCGUAUCGCUAUGUCCUCAGUCGCCUCUGUCCAUGGACGAGUCGGCAACACCUCAAAGCGAGACACCGCACAAAAGCGAGCCGGAGUGGUACGCCUCGUCGGCCGAACCGUCACCGGCGUCACCGCUCCGCCCGUCGACUCCACCGCAACCAGCGCCAUCUGACGGCGAGCCUCGCCAAGAGCCUCCAACCAACGACGAGCGCCGCCAUGAAGAAGACGAUAGCGACGAAUUAACGGACGACUCUGCGUGUGCAGCUGACGCAACUGAACCUGAAAAACCCUCUGCCCAAGAAUCAUCAGACGAAGGCUCCGAUUUCUUACAAAGUGACGACGGCGACGUGUCUGACGCUCUGUCGGACUUGGGAGAAGACAUUGCUCCCCGUUCGGCCAGAUCCCCUCGCGGCGCCACCAUGUUCCUGCGCAGCAAGAAGCAGCCCUGCUCAGUGCCGAUUCCCACCGAGCCGCGGGAAGCCAAGACGAAAUGGAGCCGGUUGAGUAAUGUGAAGGUGUGCGCCAUGAAAGAAGGCCAGAAGAGCUGCAAGCGGGUUUAUCGCCGCAACCACUGCUUGUUUUGCUCCAAGCCCGUCAUCAAGAUGUCCAGGCACCUGCAGCGCCAACACAGCCACAAGGAGGAAGUGUCCGCCGCCUUGCGCUUCCCCAAAGGGUCCCGAGAGAGACAGAAGUUGUGGAACCGGCUCACCAACGAGGGCAACUAUGCGCACAACAAGCAAGUGCUGCAGACCGGCGAGGGCCAGCUGGCGGCGCGCAAAAGACCCACCAAGACGGGCCAGGCGCAGGACUUCCUGCACUGCCUGUACUGUCGAGGUUUGUACAGGAAGAAGCGUUUGGCGUGCCACAUGAAGCGCUGCCCCGAGCGGCAGAAGAGGAAGAUGGAUGAGGAGCCGCGCAUAGGGAAGGAACGCGUGGAGACCCGCUGCGCCCUGGAGGCCAUGGGCGACCUGGGCAUCAGCGCCGGCUUGCGCGCCAUCCUGUCGCAUAUGAUCUACGACGACGUGACCCGCCUCAUCAUCAGCGAGCCGGUCCUGCUGGACUACGGCGAGGACAUGUUGGCACGGUACGGCUCCGACCACAGGCGGCAGGAGUACAUGCGGCAGAACCUGCGACAGAUGGCUCGGCUGGUCUUGGAGGCCUGGAAGAGGACGCCGCUGAGGAGGCUGGAGGAUUUCUUCGACCCGGACAGCUUCCCGCACGUGGUGGCCGCCGUCAACGUCCUGGCCGGCUACGACCCGGCUGCCCGCACGUACAGCGCGCCCUCGCUGGCUACCAAGCUGGGCUACUCUCUCCAGCAGGUGUGCCGCAUCGUUCAGGAGAGGGCGCUAGAGCGCAGAGACUUCGCCCUGGCCGAAUCGGCCAAGAACUUCCUGGCCGUCUACAGGAAGCGCUGGGCCAAGAUGAUUUCCUCAGGCGCCUUGUCAGUUCUGAGGAAAACCAAAAGAAAAUCCAGAGAGAAAUUUCUGGACGUCCAGGAUGUGAAGAGACUCAUCUUCCACCUUGAGAAAGUCUACCACCUCGCCGAGGAGAAACUGCAUGCGGAGCCCUCAGCGGAAACAUAUGACAUUUUGGCCAGGACCGUUCUGGCCCGGAUAAUUCUGUUGAACAGGAGACAGAACAGCGAGGUGUCCAACUUACCGCUUACCGCGUUGAAAUCCGUCAAGAAGCCCGACCCGCAGGAGAACUUGGAUUUGUUAGUGAGCGAGCUGGAGAGGAGCAUGUGCAGGGUCUUCAGCAGGAUGGAGAUCCGCUCCACGUGCGGCCGCAUGGUCCCGGUCUUUCUCAAACCGGUGUUCCUCUCCGCACUGGAGCUCCUGGUGGAAGUCCGCGAGGCUUGUGGCGUCCCCGCCAAGAACCCCUUUCUGCUGGGACGUCCGCACACACUCUCCGCCUAUCGCGGCUCGGUGUGCGUGCAGAUGUUUGUCAGAGACAGCGGCGUCAGGGAUUCCGAGGCGCUGACGUCGGCCGGCAUUCGCAAGCAACACACCGCGAUGCUGCAGGUCAACAGCCUGGACCCCACCGAGUCAGACCUCAUCCUGGGGCCCAAUAACCAAGUCAAGAGUCUUCGGAACAACGUUGGCGUGGACCCUGAUAGUCUAAAUGCAGCGCCAGUUGCAUCAUGGAACCACUGUGAGUCUUUCGCCGGAUUGACUGAUACACACGCGACCAAUUCUACAGCGCCCAGGCGGUCUGCAAAAGCCGGUUCCCCGAUCAACAAGCACAAGUGGAGCGACUGUGAGGUCGCUGCCGUGGAGAAACACAUGAUGUCCCUCAUCCGAAAUCACAAAGUCCCGCAGAAGCUUGACUGUCUCCGCUGUCUUGACGCCGAGCCGCGAGCGCUGAGCAGGCGCUCGUGGAAAGGCGUCAAGGACUACGUGAGGAACCGGAUCACCGCCCUCAAAAGACAAGACAAGUCCUCGAAGCACUGAUGACUCACUGUACAGUUUUGACACUCUUAUCCUUUGUUUCUUAUAAAUGUUUACAAACUUUGA